AUUAUGACGUACACGGGUAAAUGUCAAACCACCACAGCACCGACCACCACUCCAUCUGAAACUACAACGACAGUCACAGUAACUCCCACAUCUACAGAAACCACAAGAUGCUCUUGCCACGCCAAUGGACAAACAUUAUCACCUGGACAGGCAGUGGUAACUUCUGUAGGUAAAUCAGACCUGUGUAAUUUCACGCUCUGUACCAAGAGCUGUGAGAUUGUGAAGUACACCGGCAAAUGUCACACCACUACAGCACCCACUACAACUCCAUCCGAAACUGCAACAACAGUAACAGUAACUCCCUCAUCGACAGAAACAACAAGAUGCUUUUGCCACGCCAAUGGACAAGUAUUCUCACCUGGGGAGAUUGUAUACAACUCUCAAGACAAAGAAGGCUGGUGUUUUUAUGCAUUAUGUGCAGAAAACUGCCAUAUUGUGAAGCACAUGAAACCAUGUGAAAAAACCACAUCACCUCAGCCAACCACACAGUCUCCCACACCAACAACAGUGUCACCAGAAGGUUGCUCAGCUCUGCAUCCUCCAAGAGCU